AUGUUCGCUGCACGCGCUGAUCAAGAAAAUCUGGCAUACGCCCAUCAAGCUGCCGCCGCUGCGAAACCAUUAAAUCAACAGGCAAAAACUCCGGCCAACAAAGCUCCCAAGACGCCCUUCCGCCGCAACCAAAACGACGAAAACGAUGCUUUCAACUCUGGAUUCAAGACUACUAAGACGACCAAGAAGGCUAACCUGGAUCCUAAUGCCUUCAUCACUCCGGCCGGCCCACGCAACCGCGCCCCGCUGGGCAUGAAAACGACUAACGCCAAGGCAAAGACUCCGGCUCCCUUGACCAUCAAAGCAUCUGCCCAGAAGACCCUCAGUCCCCGGCUACGCAGACAGAAGGUCAAGAUUCACCAGGCCGAACCGCUUCAGCAGGAGCAAGAUGAUGGUGUCCCAGACAUUGAGUAUAUGCCUCCCAGAUCAAUUCGUGAGUCUGUCCUUGCUUCCCUCUCCGACUCAUUGACUGAUCUGUCCCAGCCNCUACCUGACCAUCCAGACACAAUUCACGAACGCGACUACUCGAUCCUUUCNCCCGAGUACGCCACGAUCGGUAUCUGGGGCGCCUUUGGAAACGCUCCUGAUGAGCACGGCGUUCGUCUAUCUGAACGCAAGAAUCGCGAAAUGAUGGCUCGUACCGAUAAGAUUCAGCAAGACAUCAUCCGCCGCGCCCUCGAAGCCGACGACUUCCUCAGUCUAGACCUCACAAAGGUUCGCAAGGGCUUCGAGGAGAAGGAGCAGCAGUCCCGAGCUCCUUCAAGCCUGUCGGCCCGACGUGCUGUCAGUGCUCUAUCGAGAUCAUCAUCAACCACUGCACUUGGUCCUCGCUUCGCUGCCCCCACAGCAACUGCCACCGCUCGCUCACGUCCGACCACCGCUACUCGCCCUCUGUCUCGGAAGCCCUCUUCGACCUUGACUGCCCCCACUGCAUCGUCGUCUCGUCAUGCUACUGCCACUACCGCUUCACGCAACACACUCGGCUAUGCUAGAGGCCGCGCUGUUUCUACUGCCUCGAGACGCCCAUUGUCUACUCUCUACGACAAGCCCGUUACCCCUACCGAGAAGAAGACCAGAACUGUACUGGAGAAUCUGAUGGCCGAUGACGCCGAAGUCGAAGAGCUAAUUCGCGAGCGCAACGCCGCCAUCGAAGUUCACGAUGCUCCUGUCGAGCCUAUGAACAAGCUUUCGCUCCUUUUCGACGAGGAUGACGAGUACAAAGACUUCCAGCUCCCCAUACCCGAGUGA